AUGGCGCCACCGAAUGAAUUGGGGCCACUCGUGCGCCUCUGGGGUCUGCGCACGCAGCAACUCCCAUCGCCGACCGAAGAAGCCGACGAGCUCGCGCCGUUCCUCGUCUCGAUCCUGCAAGAAGCCGUGCCCUUCAUCGACUCCGCCGCGCCCAAGUCGUCGUCCUCCUCCUCGUCAUCGUCGACCCAAAAGCUCUGGAAGCCCAAGGGCACGAAAUCACACGCCGACUCGACGGCCAAGGUCGAAGUCUCGGAACGCGUGAUCCCGGCCGCGGAGCUCGAGCUCGUGGCUGCGCGCAAUGCGUCUGAUAACAACGGCAACAAGGUCGACGCCGAGAUGUGGUGCUGCCGGCGCAGCGUGCACGAGGACGCGGCGAGGAAGGGCACGGCGUCCUGGGACGAGUUCGACCGCAGCUUCCGCCUGCAUCACGCCGCGUCCGAGAAGGCGUUCACGCCCAACGUGCUCGAGGCGCACGAGGCGCUGCGCUGGAACACCUUGGGGAUCGAAGCGAACGAGGGUGGCGAGACCUGGGGCGACUUUGGCCUCGUCGUCGAGGAGAUGCGGCACAAGGUCGGCAGGCCAAUACUCAAAGACCGCACCUUCCCUGUGCUGCAGAUGACGUGCGCGGCAAAAAACAAAAACGAGUUCCUCGUCGUCAGCAUCCCCGUGCCGGACUUUGGCGGCGCCGAGGCGAGUAGAUUGGCUAAGGAGAAGGGCGCCCAGAUCGCGUUCUAUGCUAGUGUGGAGCGGUUCCGCAGGCUGGGGGAUGGGAGUAUUGAGUGGCUCAUGGCGACGGCAAGCGAUGCUGCUGGUGUCAUACCCGUCUGGGUGCAGAACAAGGCGAUGCCUGGCGUGGUCUGGAAGGACGUCCCGCUGUUCCUGGGCUGGAUCGCAAGGGAGAGGGAGAAGGAAAAGGGGGCGAAGGGCGAAGGCGCAGCCGACGGAGCUGCUGGGAACGCGGCGGCGUCUGGUGCUCCCCAGGUGUCGACGGGGGUGAAUAUGGACAAGAUGGGUGAAGUUUCGACCGGCGCUGGUGCUGGCGGGGAAUGA